AUGGAAUCGACACGGCCUGCCCAACCGACUACGAAUAGAGAUGGAUCGGUCACUUGUAAUUGCGGAAAGGUGUGCUGCAAGAACCAACGCGGUCUACGCAUUCACCGAGGGAAGUCUGAUUGUCAACGUGUGAGAUCACAAGGACAGCGCAUAGCAAGUUUGGCUAGUGAGACGCAGGAGUACUCCAGUCUGGAUUCAACCCACAGUACUGAAGAACUCUAUGUUCAGGAGACCUCACAGGAUGUCUUUCGAAAUCCUGAGGAGGAUGAUGACCCCCUUUUAGAGCUAUUACAGACUCAAAACAGCCCUGAAGCAAGCAAGGCGACUGAUCCGGAUAGACCACAGCAAGACACUGCCACUAUAACCAGGAAACCAAGGAUUAAGUGGCCCAAGGCUUCAGACAAGACAUCAUGGACCCAACUGGACGAGGACCUAGAGAACAUCCUCGAAGCAUCCAUGCAAGGACCAGUAGACCGGAAGCUGACCACCCUCACAACCUUGAUAUAUUCUAACUUAAGACGGGAACUCAAGCAGCUGAGACGAAGGUACUGUGCUAGUUCACCCACAGAGAGGAUUGGACUUGCACAGCUUAGAGAUACAGUUCGGACACAGCUGACAUCAGUACGGAAAGCAGAAAACAGCAGAAGAAAUACACGGGAACGGGCAAAGAAGAGGGCAGCUUUCACAGCCAACCCAUACAAGUUCGCAAGAUCCCUCCUCGACAAAGAAAGGUCAGGAAAGUUGGAAACUCCACUAGAGGAAAUAGAGAACUUCCUUCAUGUUACCCAUUCUGACCCCAAUCGAGAGGACGUGCUAGGGGACUGUGACAGAACAGAUCCAGCGGAGGAACCCGAAAAACAGCUGAAUGCGACGGAACCUACGCUUGGCGAGGUGAAAGAAGCUGUAAAAAAGGCCAGAGCUGCUUCGGCGCCAGGACCCAAUGCCAUCCCGUAUAAAGUGUACAAGAUGUGCCGACUACUUCUCAAGCGUUUAUGGAGGCUCUUCAAAGUAGUCUGGAGGAAGGGGGAUGUACCAGAGGCUUGGAAGGAGGCCGAGGGGAUAUUCACACCGAAGGAACGCAAUUCUAAGGCGGUCAACCAGUUUCGAACGAUCUCGCUGCUCAACGUCGAGGGAAACAUAUUCUUUGCCAUCCUUGCAAGAAGACUCACAUCUUUCCUGACAGGCAACGCAUACAUCAACACCUCGGUCCAGAAGGGAGGAGUUCCCGGUUUCUCCGGCUGCAUAGAGCACACCAGUGCUAUCACACAGCUAAUAAGUGAGGCGAAGAAAGGGAGGAAGGAUCUCACUGUAGUUUGGCUCGACUUGGCCAACGCAUACGGGUCAAUUCCACACCAGCUCAUCUAUACAGCCCUCCGACACUACCAUGUGGACGGCCACAUUCAGAAAAUCAUCACCAGUUACCUGGAUGGAAUCAAGCUCCGGUUUACUGUUGGUAACCAGAUGGCAGAAGUUGGAGAAGGGAAUCGUUACCGGCUGCACAGUUUCCGUGGUGCUCUUCAUCAUGGGGAUGAACCUGCUGAUAAAUGCUGCCCAACGUGA